CGUUUAUGUAUGUGUCGUAAAAGCACAACUUGAUUAUCGCUUAGUUUGCAACAGUCAAAACACCAUAUACUUCAUUAUAAUGAAAUAUAUUUCGAAUAUACGUUAAUAAAGGUAUUUUAUUUAAAAUAAAUGAAAACAUAACGCUCUAAGUAAGUUAUUUCAACAACCACUCUAAUCGGUAUAAUCGGUGGAAGAAGAAGCACGACGAAGGUCAACAAUCAAAAUGGCGAGCUUUGUUCGGAGAGCCGGUGAACUCUCUCAAAAGGUGCUCCCAACCUACAAGGCGGUGUACCGGAAGGUGAAACCCCAGGUAGUGAACACCUCCAGGUAUGUUGCUAAGCGACUGGGUCCGCCCCUGCAGCGUUCGUCCAGGUAUCUCCUCAAUGCAGCCAGACCUCAUGUACAGAGGUAUGAUAGUCUAACCACCUCAGUGAUUGCUGCAAAACUUGAGCCUCACACGAAGUCCUUGAAAGAGUCUUUCAAUCGGCGUCUACUCUCUGUGGCCCCGGGCCUUAGUGUGACCAGACAAACUGAGGCCCUUACAGAGGGGCAGGUCCCUGAAGCGGCCCCAGAGGAAGAGGAUGAUUUCAGGGAACGGUACAUCCCUCUUACCCGAAAGUCUGUCAUCCGGCAACUCAUGCAAAAAGAGGACUUCCUGACAGCUGAAGAGAAGAAGUACUAUGAAGAUUUCGCCCUGAGCUUGGACUCUGCAAUAGUCAACAAGUAUAACGGUGUCCUACAAGAACUGAAGAAUCUGUUUGACCCAAUCAAUCCUGACAAGGACACGAUUGAGACGCGGAAGUGGAAUCCACGAGAGCGACAGGACAGCGAGUUCUGGCUGCUGCAGAGGCUAGAAGACCUCAUGGAGAAGGCCAACUUUCACGAGCUUCCCCAGCCCCUAGUGGAGCGGGCCAUGCAGGAGCAUGAAGUGGGGGACGGCAUACGGGUGGCCAUACAUACUGCAAAAUAUGACGUACUUAAAUUCUGGGCGUUAGGCAGGGAAAAAAUCCCAGUGACACUUCCAUGGUAUAGAGCCUUGUUCCAGAAACCCGAGACAGUGAAACCAAAACUGUAUUACAAACGCAUAGUAGUGGCCAUUAGAUUUAAAAGAGACCAAAAACUAAUCCUCAAGUCUUUCAAAGAAAUUCCUGUGAAUUCAUUGGAAAUGAUUCUCCCAGAUGGUAAAUUAAAAAUAGGUAAAUUUGACAAGGGAAUCUUCACAGCCUCCGUAACGUUGGCGACAUUGGGUGUUAUUGCUAAGAUAGUGACUGUAUUAGCCUCGAUGAAUGUUGACUGGACACUUAUGAUGACCGGAGUUACAGGUCUGGUGGCAGCUCAGCGUUGGACUUCAUACAAAAACAAAAGGAACCAGUAUCUGGCGGAUCUUUCCCGUCUCCUGUACUUUAAAAAUGUGGCAAACAACCGCGGUUUGUUGGCGUUGUUGGUGGAUAGGGCGGAGGACGAGACAUUUAAACAGGCCCUGCUAGUCUACACCUUCCUACUGGCCAACCGACCUGCAUCCAUGCUGGACCAGAGAAGUCUAGAGAUGUCACCCAAUGAGCUGGGUGGACUCUCAAGACUCCAACUAGAAGAGCGUGUUGAACAGUACAUUUAUAAAGUAACAGGCACACAGGUGGAAGUGGACUCAGCAGAAGCAAUAGUGCUCCUAAAAAAGUUCGGCAUCGUUAGUGAACAUGAUGAAAAACUGCACGUGCUCCCCCUACAGGCAGCCAUGCGUAACCUUCCUCAACAGCCCCAGUCUCUUGUUGCCCGUGCCUCAGAGGGUGACAUCGCCGAGGGCUAUGAUCGUGAUGUGUUUGCUGAAACUGAGGAGCAGUACGAGAAAGAGGAACAAGUGCAGAAGAGGGUCGGAUGGUUUUAGUGGGUUUUGUGGAUGGUUCUUGGUUGUGUUUGGAUGUUUUUGAAAUUUCUAGCAGUGGAUUUAAUGUUUGAAUACUAUACAUGCUUACUUUAAAGCUUAAAAUAUUACAGUGUGAAGUGCUGUUGCGAAAUGUGUAUUAUAACGGUCGAUUUUAGUUUUAAAUAAUGAAAAAAAAAUUAUAUGUUAGUUUGAAUCUUGAUUAAUGGAUGCUGGAUUUUAGGAAGUUAAUGCACAAUGAACACAUGUACAUGAUCCUAGUGACAAAGGAUUAAAGCAUAUAGGGUCAGUUGUGAGGUUUUGAGGAUGCAGAUUUCAAUUAAGGACUUGCAUUCAAGAAAAUUGUGCCAGGUUUUGAUUAUAAAUCAUCACAUGUUAAUUACAUUAUUAUUAUAUAAUUAGUUGUUUAUAGGUACUCCUAUUUAUACAAGUAUUUAUUAUUUAAUAGAUCCUUUUCUCAGAUUAAUUGCAAGUGUUUUUAUUGACAACUCUAUUAAUUCUGUAGAAUAGUUAAGAUGCCUAUGACCAUUUGUUCAUGCAGCACCCACUCUUGAUAAUCAUGUAUUGAUGAAUAAGCCUUUGUAUUGAACGUAUUGUGUACAUGAUAUGUGUACCGUUAUUGGUCUUUUUGGAGUAACAAACAGUUGCUGGACUUUUGUACGUCUUCAAAAUUUCGCCAUCUAAUGAUUUGAAGGCGGUAUUGGAUAUGUAGCAUAAGUAAAUGUUUGGUAUGCAUGCAUUUGUGUUUUUUUUGGUAUUUUGAUUUUGUAAACCAAAAAAGGUCAAUUUUCAGUUAACUAAUUCACCCACUCACACAUUGACAUAAGUGUGUGCAGUAUGGGGAUUGAUAUGCAGCUAUGCCUGAAUAUAUGACCAUAUUUUGUUUUAUUUUACUGUUAAGUUAUGAAUAUGAAAUAAACAUCGAAUUAU